GAUUCUCCACACGUGAAUUUGAAAUUUGAAAACAAUUUAGAGAACUUUAUUGAAAAUAAUAAAUAUCUAUAAGUAAAUUUUAAUUUAUAAUUAUGGGAAGAAAAGUGAAUUUUGCAGAAAAGCCGAAGAAAGGUCCUGGAAAAAAGACCAAGAAGCAACCAGCUCCAAAAUUUUCAGCGAAACUUCUCGAAAAAGAUGAAAGUGUACAGAAUACAAAGAAAUUGUCACAUCGUCAGAAACAACGAGCCGUCAAGCGAGUAGAGCGCAAGAUUAAAUUACAAAACAAAAAUCGAAACGAUGCAGCGAAGAAAAAGAAAAAAGUUGUCGCGACUUACAACAGUGACGAUGAAGCUGAAAACGAAAGUGUUAGUUCAGUAGAUUCAACAGACCAUGAAGAAGAUGUGGUUAAAACUGUUCAACAAUCAAUUAAAAAAGGAUUUGCUGUUGAUAAAAAAGCAAAAGUUAAAACUCCUGUCGACGAUUCUGAUGAGAGCGAAUCAGAGCAAGAAUCAAACAGCGAUGAUGAUUUUAUCAAAGAUGACUUUGAGGGUGAUUCUGAGGAGGAAGAGGAAGUUCCACAAAAAAAGAAAGUCGAUCUACUUGGUUCAUCAGAUGAUGAAGAAUCUGAUAAGGAAGAUGAAGAAAACGAAACUGAUGACGAAGAUGCAAGCGACAGCGAUGAAGAACUGCCAAUCGAAAAGGCGAACAAGAAAUUAAAAGCACGUCAAGAUGAAGACACCAAACUUGCUGCAGACGAACUUCAACUUAACAUCGCUGACAAAGAAAAAUUGGAUUUGGACGACGCUACAGAUAUCGAUAAAGUGAUCAGUCUCCAAGAUAUCCAGCAACGCAUUAAAGAUAUUGCUGCAGUUUUAAUGGAUUUCUCAGCUAACCGUGAUCCAUCACGUUCAAGAAGCGAAUAUUUGGAUGUUCUUAAAAAAGAUUUGUGCACUUAUUACAGCUACAAUGAAUUUUUGAUGGAAAUUUUUAUGAACAUUUUUCCGGUGAAUGAACUUCUCGAAUUCCUUGAAUCAUCAGAAGUUCAACGACCACUCACAAUACGCACAAACAGUUUAAAGACCAGACGACGUGAUCUUGCACAAGCGCUUAUCAAUCGUGGAGUUAACUUGGAUCCAGUUGGUAAAUGGACAAAGGUUGGAUUAGUUGUGUACAGUUCUCAAGUUCCACUUGGUGCAACGCCAGAAUAUCUUGCUGGUCACUACAUGAUUCAAGGUGCUUCAAGUAUGCUACCAGUGAUGUCAUUGGCACCACAAGAAAAUGAAAGGAUUCUCGAUAUGUGUAGUGCACCAGGAGGCAAAAGUUCACACAUUUCUGCAAUUAUGAAGAAUACUGGAGUUCUUUUUGCAAACGAUCUCAAUCGAGAUCGAAUUCAUGCCGUAAUUGGAAACUUUCAUCGAUUGGGUGUUGUCAAUUCUGUUGUAAGUGGCAUGAAUGGAGUUGAUUAUAAAAAGUUCAUGUCUGGAUUUGAUCGAGUACUUCUGGAUGCACCAUGCACUGGUACAGGCGUCAUUUCGAAAGAUCAAUCAGUGAAAACUUCAAAAUCCCAAGUAGACAUUCAACGCUGUUACAAUCUUCAAAGGAAACUCAUCUUAAGUGCUAUCGAUUGCAUAUCUGCAAAAUCAGCGACUGGAGGGUAUUUGGUUUAUUCAACUUGUUCAAUUCUUCCUGAAGAAAAUGAAUGGGUCAUUGAUUAUGCUUUGAAAAAACGAAAUGUUCGAUUAGUACCAACAGGUUUAGAUUUUGGUGUCGAAGGUUUCACAAAUUAUCGAGAGCAACGUUAUCAUCCGUCAAUGAAACUAACGCGACGUUAUUAUCCUCAUACCCAUAAUAUGGAUGGAUUCUUUGUUGCAAAGCUACAAAAGACUUCAGAUGAAAUUCCUAAAACUGCAGAUGAUGAAGAUGACCAACCAGAAGAAGAUUUGGAAGAAAAUGAAGAGCAGAAUGACAAAAAGAAGGCAAAGGUUGAUAAACGUGACUGGUUCCAUAAGGAUUUGAAGGAAAUCAAUAGAAAGAAAGAGUCUGAAAAGCAAGACAUUUAUGUGACGAAAGUUUUCGAGAAGACUGUCAAAAGAAAGUUCGACAAGUCUAAGAAACAAGUGAAAGAAACAUCUGAAACAUUAAAAGAAAAACGAUACUUUUGGGCUCGCAAUACGUUUUUUUCAUUGUUUCCUCUUCUAUUCAUCAUAAUUUACGCUUUUUCUGGAGCAUCAAAUGACGUGGGAAAUGACCAAAGCAAAUAUAACAAAACUGAGGCUCUUAUAAUCACCGAGGAGGAACUCUUUGACAAAAUUCCAAAUGCACUAAACAAUAAAUUCUACUUUGUUCCAAACAAUGAAUUCUAUUCAGACUUGAUGGAAAGAUUACGAAGAAAUGAAUAUAUGCCGAUUUUGGACGAAAGAAUUGUUGGAUUCAGAACAGAAACCGACAUAUGGAAUAACAUCGAGGAUCUUGAAUCGAGAUCAUUCAUCAUCGUGUUCAACGAGUCAACAUCACCUGAAAGUCAUCUUAGUUACACUAUAAGAUCUAAAAACAACCGCUUUCAAACAGAUCAACAUUAUUCGAAAGAUUUACCAACAGUUUCAAAGAAAGUCAUGAACGAAUACAUCAACGAUGGAUUUCUAGGCUUACAAUAUCUUCUGGACACAACAUUCUUUGAAAUAAUCAGCAAGAAAGACAUAAUCCCAUAUCGCAUUGAACUAGAGAAACUUCCGUCGUCAGCUCAUGAACCACAAGAGUCUAGAAUCAGCGAUCUCGGCCUUUACAUCAUAAUUUUCUCUGCUUUUAUUUCAAUCUCUUUGAUAUUCACAAGAAUCAUCGAAGAAAAAGCUUGUGGCUUUCGUGAACAAUUAAAGAAUGCUACAAGAUACAGUUUCUUGAACAAUGUCGCUUUAUUCACCUUAAAUCAUAUUCAGAUGCUUAUUUUAUUCUACAUUUGUCUCAUCAUUACAUACAUCAAAGGAUUCUGGUUCAGUGUAAACAUUUUCUAUCCAGCACUUCUCGUCAUGUUAUUUAUCACAUCAAUCAUAAGUUUCACAUUUCUUGUCAGCGCAUUCUUUGAAUCAAUUGCGUUUUCAACAGUUGGCGCAGUGUUUUGGUAUUUUGUUCCAUUUGUUUGCUAUCAACUGGCUACAGUUCAAUGGAAGAAGAUUUUGAUUUUCUUUCCUAUCAAUGCAUUCUAUCAAGGAAUACAAAUUUUUCAUGACUACACAAAUUCUGGUCAUUAUUAUUGCCAUCCAAACUUCUUUCAACGUUCACAUCCGAAUGACGACGUGUUUGCAAUGUUUGACGUCUUCUUCUGGUUGAUUGCAUCGUCUUUGAUUUGUGGAUUUUUAUAUUUCUACAUUUCAAAUGUUUGGCCAGGUCAAUACGGUAUACGACAAAGUCCUUUCUUCAUUUGUCAACGAUCUUAUUACAUCCCAAAUCGUGUUGACACUAAAAGCGGCAUUGAAGCAUUAAAUUUCACUUCGAAUGGAUUCGAAAACUUUCAGCAUUUCAAUCAAAAUGCAAUUGUAAGAAUAAGAAAUCUGACGAAAAAUUAUGGUCAACACACUGUGGUGAAGAAUCUUUCAAUGGACAUUUAUAAGAAUCAAAUAACUGUGUUGCUUGGUCACAAUGGCGCUGGUAAAACAUCGACAAUGUGCAUCAUUACUGGACUCAUUCCCAAGACAAGUGGACAUGUUUAUGUUGACAACAAUGAUAAUGUUCAAUUCUAUCGAUCAAAGAUUGGAUAUUGUCCCCAACAUAACAUUUCUCUUCCUUAUCUUACAUGCCAGGAACAUCUUGAAUUCUUCGGUCAACUUCGUGGACUUUCAAGAUUCAAUGCAAAAGUUGAAGCGAAAAAUAUUUUAACAAAAGUUAAUUUACAAUCAAAAGCUGGUGAAGUUGCAAAGCGAUUAUCAGGUGGAAUGUUGAGAAAAUUAUGUUUAGCAAAUGCAAUCAUUGGCGAUACCAAACUGUUGAUCCUUGAUGAACCGAGUAGUGGAUUGGAUCCUGAAAGUCGAAGAGAUAUUUGGAACAUUCUCUUGAAAUUGAAGAAAGAUCAUACAAUUCUAAUCACCAGUCACUUCAUGGAAGAAGCAGACGUGUUGGGAGAUAAAAUUGCGAUCAUGGAGAAUGGUGAGUUGAUUGCUUAUGGAACGAGUAUGUUCUUGAAACAUUAUUAUGGCAGUGGAUACACAGUGAAGAUGCUCAAAUCAUUGUCUGACACAAAUAAAUUCGACAGAACUUCUGUUCACAACACAAUCAAACGACAUAUCCCAUCAGCUGAACAAAAGUCAAGUGUCGAGCCACUUUAUUGCAUGACUUUACCAUUCAAAGAUAAAAACAAAUAUGGGGAAAUGUUAAAGGAACUUGAAUUAAACAAAACACUUUAUGGAAUUGAUUCAAUUUCCAUAACAAACACAACUUUGGAGGAAGUUUUUCUUAAUUCAGCAUCAUGUGGGAAAAUCGAUUUUAGUAGUGGACAAGAUGAGACUGACCAUCAAGAGUAUACAACAUUAGCAUUUGAUGAUCCGAAGAAUGUGAAUCGCCAAUUAAUUUUCUUUAGACAAUUUCAAGCGAUUUUCUACAAGAAAUUCAUUUAUUGGCUACGAAACUUACCUUUGUUUUGUGCGAUGGUGGCAAUUCCCAUCAUUAUGACCUGGUUGUGUUUCCUACUUAACAAUUAUCUUGCUGAUAAAACUCACAUGACGUUAAAUUUGAGAGUUGAUAAUAUUGAUGAACCUUUGAUUAUUGCAAACUUUAAAAAAUUCUCAAGUGCAAAGUUUGAAAAUGUUUUCACACAAUAUUGUCGUGAAGUGAAUGCAGAAGUGAAGAUUUUACGUGAUAAAGACAUCGAUUAUGAAUUGAUGGAAGAAAGUAACGAUUUGCUGAGAUAUUAUGACAAUCUCCUCGGUGCAAUUGACUUUGAAGAAAGUUCUGAUGGAUCAAAAGUUAAAGCAAAAAUCUUCUAUUCAGAGAAUUUAAUUCAUUCAGUUGCUGUCAUGGUUUCUUUAGUUGACAAUGUCAUUCUAAGCAGUUCCAUCAUGUUCUUGAAUUAUCUGCAAAUAUUUUCAUUAUUUGGUGUCAUCAUGAUGUCAAGCAGUAAGGAAUCAAUGUCAGAAUAUGAAUCAUGGAUAUCAAUGUUCCACAUCUUUCCCGAUUUUGCAUUGAAACAUUCAUUGAAAGUCAUUCACGAGUAUCACAAAUUCGAGAGAAAUCACAUGAAAGUUGGGAACACAAAGGAUAGCGAAGUGUACAUAAGAAGUCUUGCAGAUUAUCAACAUAUUUUCGGAUUGUCACAAUUCUUCGUUGCAAAUGCUUUCGUGUUCAUCGUCGCAUCUGUUUUUCUCUUCAUGUUUGUUGAAAAUCAACAACUUAUGGAACAAUUUGGAUAUUUCUGCUCCAAAGUGCAAAUGUGCUGGUGUUUUGGACGAAAUGAAGUGGAACAAGUUGUUGAGAAUAUUCCACUUGAUGAGUUGGAAGAUGAUCCCGAUGUUCGUCAUGAGAAGAUGAAUGUCGAUGGAAUAAUACGUGAAGAGAAACAAGAAUCUGAAGCGAUGGUUGUGUCAAAGUUGGAAAAGGUUUACGGUGGAAAUCUUAAAGCUGUUCAGGGAAUAAGUUUUACAGUCAAGAAAGGUGAAUGUUUCGGACUUCUUGGCAUGAAUGGUGCUGGAAAAACGUCAACAUUUGAAAUGAUGACAUUGAAUCGUCCAAAGACAAGUGGAAGAGUUUUCGUUAAUGGAAUUAAUGCUGACAAUGAUCGCUUCAUGUAUCGACAUAUGUUCGGUUAUUGUCCACAACAAGACGCUUUAUGUGAUUAUAUGACAGCACGAGAGCUUCUUAAAUACAUGCUGAUGAUCAAUGGUUGCAGUCGUUAUGAUCUUGAUGCACAAGUCGAAAAGUGGUUGAGAAAAGUUGACAUUGAAAAAUAUCGUGAUAGAAAAAUUUCAAGUUUUUCUGGCGGCACAAAACGAAAGUUAAACACAGCAAUGGCUAUGAUUGCAGAUCCCUAUAUAAUUUUCCUUGACGAACCAACAACUGGUGUCGAUCCAAAGUCAAGAAGAUUUGUUUGGUGUUGCAUCAAAUCGCUUCAACAGCAUCAGAAAACAAUCGUGUUGACAUCUCACAGCAUGGAUGAAUGUGAAAUGCUUUGUAAUCGAUUGGGAAUCAUGAAGAAUGGUGAAAUGAAGUGUAUUGGAUACAUUCAGAAGCUUAAAGAGAAAUAUGGAAAAGGUUUCUCAUUGAUGAUUAAAGUAAAACCAAAAGUCUUGGAACGAAGUGAUAGCAACAUGAAAACAUCAACAACUGAGACCGAUUCAAUUGAUUCUUCGCCACCACCUUUUGAAACUGUCACUGAUAUCAAACUUCAACUUCAAUCGUUAUUUUUAUGUGAACUGAAGGAUGAACAUGACGGAGUUCUACAAUAUUUCAUUCAUGCAAAAAGCAUAAGUUGGGCAAAAGUAUUCCAGGAUCUUCUAGAAUUUUCAAAUGAUCAUGAAAAUUCUAUCGAUAGUUUCUCGAUUCAAGAAACGACAUUAGAAGAUAUUUUCCAACAGUUUCGUAAUGAACAAAUGAGUCAGUGAUGAUUUUAGGAUGGUUUAAAUACCAUUUGAAAAAAUUGAUUGCUGUUGUUAACAUUGCACUGUGCACUGUGUGCGUGUUCCUAUUUAAUCUCAGUUAAGAAGCAAAACCCAUUUGAAAAUCAUUCCAUUGAUAGCCCCAUCAUCAGCUCUCUGUCAAACUUUCUGCCUAUUUAUCAUAAGUUAACCAACCAUUCGAAUACUUAAUGCCUUAAAUUCUAAACAUUUUUUGUACCAUGAGGAAGAAGUGAGAAUUCACUUUAAAGAAGUUCUAUGUGAAAGCAAAACGGAGGAAAAUAUUAAGUUUUUUAGAAACUUUUCCUGACUUAUAAAUAAUAUCAAAAACCACAAACCAAUCAUUGUAUGUGUAAAACUUAUGUGGUAACCAUUAACCUACAUGUUAAGUCAAAACUUUUCAAUCAUUAUAUAUUUAUAUUUGUAAGACAAAGUUCUUGGAAGUAAUUUAAUAAAGUUUAUCAAGAAAUUUAAA